CUAUAAAUAGGAGGGAUGAAGGCAGCAGAGAUCAGAUUGUCUCUACACAGACCUCUACAGCACAGAGAUCCACACAUGGCUCCUACAAUCACUGCAGCAAUGACCAACUCUCAGGAGCAUCUGACUCGGAGCCACAAGCUCAGAAAGCCUCUGGUGGAGAAGUUACGCAGAGAGCGAAUCAACAGCAGCAUCGAGCUGCUCAAGUCUCUCCUGGGUCCAGAGUUCCUCAACCAGCAGCCAGACUCCAAGCUGGAGAAAGCAGACAUCCUGGAGAUGACCGUUUACUUCCUCAGAAGACUGAAGCAGCAGCAGCAGCAGCAGCAGCAGCAGCAGCAGCAGCAGCAGAAUCCAGCUGUGGGCUCAGCAGCCGUCAAACGGGGCUACUCCAGAUGUGUCCAGGAGGUGGCACACUUCCUGUCCAGUGAGGAGGUGAACGCACAGUCGCAGAGAAGACUGAUGAAGCACGUCAACAAGCUGCAGUCUUCCUCUGAGGAGAAGCUGAGAGAGGCUGACUUCUCUCCUCUGAGCUCCACAGUCCACAGCAGCAUCACCAAAGACAAGAGUCCAGUCAGCAGCGCCCCCUGGAGGCCGUGGUAG